UCAUCACUGCAAGAAACUUAAUCACAACUCUCUCUUCUCUCUUCUCUCUUCUCUCUAUCUCUUCUCAUUAUUAAUGGCGACCCAACAAGAUUCUCAAGGGAUCAAACUCUUUGGCAAAACCAUAACAUUCACCGCCAACAUCAUGACACAGACGAUUAAAAAAGAAGAGCAGUCACAUCAAGAAGUGGUAGUAGUGCAGCCAGAGAUACAAGCUACAGCCUCCGUUAGAUCAUCAUCGUCGUCGGAUCUGACGGCUGAGAAGCGUCCAGACAAGAUCAUACCAUGUCCGAGAUGCAAGAGCAUGGAGACUAAGUUCUGUUACUUCAAUAACUACAACGUUAACCAACCAAGACACUUUUGCAAAGGCUGUCAGCGUUACUGGACAGCCGGCGGAGCUCUCCGUAAUGUUCCCGUCGGCGCUGGUCGUCGGAAAUCCAAACCUCCCGGACGUGUCGGUGGGUUCGCUGAGCUUCUCGGAGCUGCGACUGGAGCUGUUGAUCAGGUCGAGCUAGACGCUUUGUUGGUGGAAGAAUGGAGAGCCGCCACGGCGUCUCACGGUGGUUUCCGGCAUGAGUUUCCGGUGAAGAGACUCCGUUGCUACACGGAUGGUCAAUCUUGUUAAUUUUCUUUGUUUUUGUUUUCCGGGUUCGGGUUUGGG